UCUGGGUGGAGGGGGCUGGGUCACAGAGGAAGUAUGUCAGACCAGAGAGACAGCACAUACACAGAGCAGUCGGAAGAACCAGAGAGACAUACACUUUGUGUGCAGUGUUGUUUAGUGUGUGUGUGUUAUUGAGUAGUGAUGGUAGCAGAGGAGGUGGUGAUCACUCUCUCAGGAGGGGCUCCAUGGGGCUUCAGACUGCAAGGAGGAGCAGAGCACCAAACACCACUGCAGGUGUCCAAGGUGCGACGGCGCAGUAAGGCAUGCAGGGCUGGCCUGAGGGAGGAGGAUGAGUUGGUUGCCAUUGGCGACCGUGUGUGUGCCGAGCUCAGCCACGCUCAGGCCAUGACCCUCAUCGAUUCCCACCGGCACACACUCAACCUCAGGAUCAAGAGGUCUAGGUCUGGGGUCCACACUGUGGCCGUGUCGGGUCGUACACCUACACAUAUAGCUACACACACAUACACACCGACACACCCAGUUCUCUCCCCCACUGACGGGCCAGCCUGCCUCACCAUCACCUCCCCCCCUGACAGUGAGGCCUACUAUGGAGAGACGGACAGUGACGCGGACACACACACACACACACACCGCCGUCAGCGACGCACACCUCCACAUACACGCUCUCCUGGUCGCCAGCAGCAGGAGGAGGAGACCUCGGAGUUGAGCGGGUAUGAGAGCGCUCCAGAUGGAGGGGUUUCCCUGCAGGGGCCCUGGGAGCAACUACCCACAUUUGGAAACGGGGUGAUCCAACAGUGGGAGCAACCAACAGGAUUGGGAACAGGGGGGUUUCAACUUGGAGUACCACGCAGGGAGGUGGUCUACCAACCCCAACCCCCCCAGUCCCAGCCAGAGUGGACCCACCCAGCCCAGCCCGUCCCACAUCCUGAGCAGGGGGAGCCGACGGGGGGAAGAGAGGCGGAGGGAGAGGGAGACAGUGGUUUCCAGGAGGCAGGGUUGUGUGUGGGUCUGGCCUGCUCACCCCUGGUGUCUCCAGAGCGGGCUAAAGGAGCCAUGAUGCUGGGCUCCAGCCGACAGAUGGUUCCCAUGGUGGGUGCCCAGCUGACCCCAGUCAGUGAUGAUCUAUCUACCACGUACAAGGACAAGGCCAGGCAAGCCAAGCUGCAGAGAGGAGAGAGUGUGGUAGAGAAGCAGGUGAAAGAGGCUCGUACUAAAUGUCGUUCCAUCGCCUCCCUGCUCACCGACGCUCCGUACUCCAACUCCAAAGGGGUUCUCAUGUUCAAGAAGAGACGCCAGCGUGCCAAGAAGUACACCCUCACCUGUUUCGGCCGCGCGGAGGGGGAGGUGGGUCCUGAGACUGGGGGAGAGACGGAGGGAGAGGAGGAGGAGGGGAUUUCCUUCCUCUCGGGUUCAGAGGUGGAUGAAGAGGGCUUCGCUGGAACCUUUGACCCCACCUGGGACAGCGGAUACCUGGACCUGCUGGAUAGGAGGAGCUCCGCCUGUCCAUCCACCUAUAACUCAAGGUCCCAAACACCAACCAAUCAGAGCUCAGGGUUGGAUUCCUCGGCUUACCAGAGCCCAGAGAUGAAUGUGUCAAUCAAUCAGGGCUCUGUGACGAAUGCCCCGGCCUAUCAGAGCCCAGGGCUGGACUCCAUUGCCUAUCAGGGGAAAGAGACAGAGCAGUAUGAGCAGCAAAGGAAAAUGGCCACCCAUGUCGCCCCGGCCGCAGGUUUGUCAAACGGGGGCCCUGUAGGGGUGAGUCGGGCCAGUGUGGUUCUGACCCCCCCCUCUCACACACCUAUCCUCCAGCCUGACCUAAACCCUAACUUUAACCCGCCUGGAGGGAUCCAUAACCGCACGGCAUGCCCCUUCACCUCAGGCCUCGCCCCAUCUCGCCCUCCAGCCACCCCUGUCAUCUUUCGACCCGGCCAGCCCACUCCUGCCGUAACAAUGGUUUCCAAACCCACCUCUGCGGUAUCCAUGGUGACCAUUGCCCCUCCUCGCCCUUCAGGGGGGCCCCAGGCAAGGAGAGCGGUCUCCAGUACCUCUCUCUACAUCCCCCCUAGACCUGCUGCAGCUAUCCUCUCUCCUCCUCCCUCUUUGGCCUCAGCUCCCUUCUCUCUUACCUACACUCCCUCUCAACCUUUCACUCCUCCCUCUGUCCAUACUGCCACCUUCUCUCCCUCUUCUGCCCCCUAUUCUCUUCCUAAUCAUCCUCCUCAACCCACCCAACACUUCUGCUCCUUGACUGCUCCUCAACCUUUCUCCCCACCUCCUCCUGCCCCCACUCAACACUUCUCUGCUCCUCCUCGACAACCUUUCUCUCCACCUCCUCCUGCCCCCACUCAACACUUCUCUGCUCCUCCUCGACAACCUUUCUCUCCACCUCCUCCUGCCCCCACUCAACACUUCUCUGCUCCUCCUCGACAACCUUUCUCUCCACCUCCUCCUGCCCCCACUCAACACUUCUCUGCUCCUCCUCGACAACCUUUCUCUCCACCUCCUCCUGCCCCCACUCAACACUUCUCUGCUCCUCCUCAACAACCUUUCUCUCCUCCUCCUGACGCCCCAGUCUAUCCAUCCUCUGCUGUGGCUGCCCAGCCUUUCUCUGCUCCUCCUUCUCUUAAUCAAUCCUUCUCUCCUUCCUAUCCCACACCUUACUCUCAGCCACCCCCCCUUGCUCAGACCCAACCCCCUCCUCCCCUGACCUUCAACCCCUAUGUUGCCAUAGCGACCCCCUCCACUGCCCAGCCCCCAUCCUCUGAUUCGCUGUCCUCCCGUGAACAGCGUAUCGCUGUCCCCGCCUCCAGAACAGGCAUACUUGCGGAGGCACGUCGUCGCAGCAACAAGAAGCCCAUGUUCCGUCCGUCUGUGGAGAACAAGAAGGAUGUGUCUCCCAACCCGGCCCUGCUCGAACUGCUCCAAAACCCGGACGCACCAACCAGGAUGGGUCCACGCCCCGGUCCCGGUCCCGGUCCCGGCUCCAUGGGGCCUAGUGGAGGAGUGGGAGGUGUGGAGACUGGAGGUGAGUCUGGCCCUGAAGAGGACUGGUUGAGGCUGGGGGCUGAGGCCUGUAACUUCAUGCAGGCCCGGAAAGGCCCCAAGCCCCCUCCUGUGGCCCCUAAAACGCAGGGCCCUCCACAGAUACCCCAGUUAGCGGGGAAGGGGGGUCAGCUGUUCGCCCGUAGGCAGAGCAGGAUGGAUCGCUUUGUGGUGGAAAGCACCCCCUCCUCACCCCAACCCUCUCUCGGCCACCCCCGCCAGCCCUCUCCCACCCCCUCCCUCCCCUCUCAAUUCAGAUACUCCUCCAGCUGCAGAGCCCCCCCUCCCAUCAGCUACAACCCCCUCCUCUCCCCCUCCUGCCCUCCCCAGGCCCAGCGCCAGAGGGCGGGGGUUGCAGGGCAGGGUGGGAGACCAGCGGGGCAAAAAGACGCUCCUGGGGGUCAGAAGGCUCAAGGCAUCAAGGCUCUGGACUUUAUGAGUCACCAGCCCUACCAGCUAAACUCCUCCCUCUUCAGUUACGGGGGCGGGACUCCCCAGCAAGCACAGGCCUAUCAACAGCAGACUGGCGGCUCCUACGGGCCAAUCAAGACGCCACGUGUGUAUGAGAUCAAGCGCUUCUCCACGCCACCUCCCACAGGCCCCUCUCCUACGAUCAUUGUCCCACGGUCAGCAACCACACUGGGAGAACCGCUGUGGAGGUCUGAUAUCAUUUCCCCUCUGCCCACAGCCACUUCCUGCUACCAAUCCCCCUCUAACACCCCCUACCAGCUUCAGUCCCAGUGGGUCCCUCCUCCUCCAGCCCCCACCGCCCCCCUCCCUCAGCUCCCUAGCUUCCCCUCUGCCCAUGUCCCUAACCCUCACCCCUACCCCUCCGAGCCCCACGCCCCUCAACAGGGUAACAGGCAAUUUAAGAGCGCCCCUGAUCUCAGUCCUCCUGCCCACACCCCACCUCGCCCCGCCUCCACCAAGCCCUCCAGAGUGCCUUGCCCCAGAUUCAGCACCUCUAACCUGGGUCUGCAACCCAGUGUCUGGCGCCCCGGAUCCACCACGCACUGAGGUUGCAGGUCAUGAAUUGGCACGAAAUGACAGGAAUAUAAAUCCCCCCACAUUCUGUUGUGAUUUUGGUUUUUGGUCUUUGUCACGUCAAAUAAGAUGUUAGUUUGGUGCAUUGCAGGAUUUGAUUGAUUUCUUGUUUGGGCACUAUUGCAACUCUUGGAUCACACCACGCAUUUCAUCAUUUUUCUUCUUAUGAUCAUUUGACCACCUCUGUUUCGCUUCGUAAAAAAUAUUGUCUGAUGUAUAGUCGAUACAUGUUGUUGAUAUAGUUGAUAUGUAUAAAUAUAUGAAUGUAAAAUAAGUAUUUAAUGACAAUCAGAAAGAUAAAAAAGUGAUCUAAAAUAAGAAAGACAUGGACAGGGAGAGAAAAUGGGGCACGAUGUGAAGUUUAAGAAAGUUUAUUUAAAGUGAUGGGGUCGACAGAAUGAAGGUGAAAAUAAAGAAUGAAGUUGAGCGAUAAACUGAUACAUGGAGGAUGUGCUAAAGACAAGCCUGUGGAACGAGAGAGCGAGGGAGGAGGGAGAGGAGGGAUUAGAGGAGAGGAAAUAAGAGUCCUCUCUAAGAGACAAACUGUUCGGUAAUAUGCUAAUCUGUUAAAGACUAGGAUGGACUAUAUGCCUGCUGUGUGCUGCCAUUGUGGCUUUAGCUUGGCGGGCUAACACCAUCUCGUGGAUUGAAGACGGCCCAGUUGGUCACAUAAAGGCCUGAAUCUGAAAUAGAGAUCUGACUCCGUUACAACUAUAUUGUACUUAUUAUUGUCAUGAUUAUUGUGAUUAUAUUCUUAUUCUGAAUAUUAUAAAAUAGACCGUUUUUUUUG